AUGUGUUUGGUGAAUAAUAAUCAACUGCAAAGCACUUCAUUUAUUUGUCAUUCUCGCGAAGCUAGGAUAAACGAAGCAGAUUUUCCAGCAGUUGUGACCAAUGGCAGAGGCCCCAGAACUAAUCAAUCUGUUGGUGAAAUUAUAGAUAUGUUGAUGUCCCAACAAUCUACAUUUUCGAGAAGAAUUUUAAACGAACACGAUCGACACCACAGUUGGAGGCUCAAUGUCGAUAACAUGUCGUAUGAGGAGCUUCUUGAGUUGAGUGAUAGGAUUGGAUAUGUGGGCAAUGGAUUGCAAGAAGAGGAGAUAUUUAGCUGCCUCAGGAAAUUCAACUCUGUUUCUAAUUCUUUGCCUAUGGCUGCUCGUCAGAAAGAUUGGAAGUGCAGCAUUUGCCAAGAGAAAAGCAAAAGAAGUGAUGAUAUUAGCACACUUAGUUGUGGCCACUAUCAUCACACACAGUGCAUAAAGCAAUGGUUGCUGUUCAAAAACGCUUGUCCUGUUUGCAAAACUGCCGCAUUGAGCAAAUCCACGGCCCGUGGCCCGGCAGGCCCGAACUGA